AUGCAUCUCACCAACUCCUUCCUCCUCCUGGCCUCCCUCUCCGCUACCUCCCUGGCCCACCCCACCAACGUUAUCAAUAAACGCCAGGACUACUCCGCCGCCUCCACCACGGCAGCCGUCUCUUCCACUCCCUCGUCCAGCUCCACCACUUCCUCUGACGGCUACUCCACCUCCGGCUUCGGUGCCUCCACCGCCGCCUCCGGCUCCGACAUCACCUACAAAGGCAACGUCGGCAACCCCUGGGGCAGCAACAUCAUCGAGGUCUCCUCCUCCGCAGCCCAGAGCUACAAGCACGUUCUCGAGAUCACCGGCCCCGACUCCGAGGACUGGUCUGUCGUCUUCUGGAACAAGUACGGCCCUGAUGGCGAAAUGAAUGGCUGGUACGGCUACUCCGCCCUGAACUUGGACGUUUCCGCUGGUGAGACCAAAUACGUCGCGCUCGCCGAUGACACGAACGGUGGGUUCGCUGCCGCUCCCUCCUCCAGCGGUAUUCCUAAGGACAACGGCGGCGGAUACGCCUCUACGUGGGGCGAGUUUGAUUUCAGCUCCGCUGGUAAUGGAGGUUGGUCUGGCUUCGAUGUUAGUGCGAUUGCGGCGCAGAAUGCGGGCUUUGAUGUCCAGGGCAUGCAGAUCUGUGAGACCAAUGGGGGUACUUGCUCCAGUAUUACGGCUGAUGCCGCGAGCGUGAACAAUGCGUAUACUACUUCCGAGACGGAUAUUGGCGGCAUUGGUGGUAACAUCUCGGGAGAUGGACAGAUUGUGUUGCAGGUUACCCUUGACUACAGCGGGUAG